AUGAGCUUUAUAUCAUUUCCAAAUCCAAAAUCCGAGUGGCUUUCAUCAUGAUGCUAAGGUUAAAGAGGACAAGAUUAAUUUGAUUAUUGUCUAAUCCAUAGGUAAUCAGACGAUGUUUUAUUUUCUUUGCCCUGAUGGAAUGAGUUAGCGCAUCUUGAUGAUGAUCCAUCAUCCACUUGCUCGGAAUAAAAAGUUGCAGAGUCUUGGCAAAAACUAAUUGGGCUGACACAAUGAACACUUAGGCCUACAUUUCUUGGACAUUGACAGCCCAGAAGAACAAUUAGAGUUCCGGCUGCUUGAAACUGUCACCCCAAGGGCUUGCCCAUAUCAAUCCUGCACAGCGGGACUAGGAAACCACGCUUUCAGGAUUUCAACUUCCAAAAAGGCUGUUCCGGACCCACGCCUUAAGCAGCAGUUUAUUAUAUUCAAGGAUUAUUUGACCAUUCAUUCCGAUAAGUGACAAACCUAUCUAUGACUCCAGCUGAAACGGCCGACGGAGAAGAGAAAGCGAAGAGAAAGGGGAAAAGAUUUUCAUAUUUCUCUCUGAUAACUAGAGGAAAAGAGGAGUUCCUUCUAAUGGAGAUCCGAAGUUGACCAAUUAUCGGUCUUCUGCUCAAUAUGAUGGAUAAAUUGGAUACAAAACAGGCAGAACUAGGCACAAAUUGGGAGAGGUCAUUUCAUCUAUAUGAAACUGUGAUUGCAGGUGAUGAAAAAUCUAAGCGUAUCCAAGCCACCUUCAAGCUUGGGCGCAUGUCCAAACAUGCACCUGAAAAUAUUUUAGCUUGUGCCAUACCAGUCCUUGUGGAGCUUCUCAGAAGCCCAUUUGACAAUCAGACUCCAUCCAUUCACGGAGCAUCUGCCUACUGCUUAAAAUGCAUUGCUUGCUUAGGGGAAGGUAGAUUGGCUGUAAUCAUCGGCCAGUGUGGGGCAAUUCCUUCCUUGUUGAGCUUAUUACAAGCUUCAGAAAGCAACCUGCAAAUGGUUAUUUUGAAAUGCCUUCGCAACAUGGUGACUUUCAGUGAUAGUAAUCGCCCGGCUGUAGUUAGAAAUGGUGGUUUGGAAAUUGUUCUCAAUAUGUUAAAUGCUAGUCCUGACGGAUUAAAAAGGCCUUUAUUGGAAAUUUUGAGUGCAUUAUCUCUUUUGAGAGACGUUAGAAGGGUUAGAAGGGUACUUCUCAAUUCAGGUGGCCUUCGUUUUCUUAUUGAAUCAGCAAAGUGUGGCAGCAUGGCAUCUAGAACUAGAGCUGCUCAAGGGAUUGGGUUGCUGGGAUUGGUUAAAAGAGCCAGGCGUACACUUGUUAAUUUUGGGGCAGCGGCAGCACUCCUGGACUUGAUUCAGAAUGGGGAUACUUCAGCUAAAUUGGUAGCUGCUAAUGCACUUGGUGUGAUUUCAUCGCACGUUGAUUAUAUUAGACCAGUUGCUCAAGCUGGAGCCAUCCCAGUGUAUGCUGAGAUUCUCGAGGGAUGUGAACCAUUAGGCAAGGAGAUUGCGGAGGAUGUGUUCUGCAUAUUGGCUGUAGUUGAAGAAAAUGCUGCUCCAAUUUUUCAGCACCUGGUUAGAAUCCUAAGAGGAAGUAAUGAUGAAGCUAAGGCAGCAGCGGCUGAUAUUACAUGGCAUCUGGCAAGUUACAAGCAGUUGGUGGCUGUCGUGCAGGACUCGGGUGCAAUUCCGGCGUUAGUUGAGCUCCUGAGGAGCGGUAAUGGUGAUGUUAAGGAAAAGGUUUCUGGGGCCAUUGCCCAAUUCAGUUACAAUAAGUCUGGGAGAGUAGCUCUUGCUGAUUCAGGAGUGAUUCCAUUGCUUAUUCAGAUGUUGGAGGAUGAGUCUCAGGAACUGAGAGAAAAUGCUGCUGAAGCACUAGUCAAUUUUUCAGAGGAUCCAUCACUAGGUGAUAGAGUAUCGUGUGUGUUGGAUAGUCCUUUAUUUCAGGAUACGCAGGAUAAACUGAUGCAAAUUCGUGCCUCUGAUGCACGCUUGGAUUCAUCUUUGAGACUGUUGAGCAUCGAACACCUCACUUUGGAUCCUAGCCUUUCCUAAUUUUUGUCCUUUAAAGGAUCUCUGUAAAUCGAGUUGCAAAUUGGCAACGCAUGUACAUAUUCAGUAAGAGAAUGUCGGUCGUCUACAACCCGUUUUGGCAAUCAAAAAAGAUGAAUGCUUGUUCAAGACAGUUUGUGCAGUUUUUCCUUGU